AUGGGCAGCCGUAACAAACAGACACCGCAAGAUCGUCGGAAAGGGGAGCUGGCGCUCUCCGAUUUCGCGGAUUAUGUAGAGAAACAGCGGGCAAGAACGCGCAUUCAGUAUCCCGAGUCCAUCGCUGGCGACAGCGGUUACGGUACCGGUGCACACUCGUCGGUCACCGAAGAUCAUGCAGAGCUCGACAUCCUCGAUCAGUUAGACCUUUCUGACAGUCCAAGCCGGGCAAAACUGAAAGACUGGCUGCUUGAUACCUCGGGCGAUGCAUCUGCGACGCUUCAGGAAUUGUCAGGGCUGGUGCAGUCCAGAAUAGACGAAGGCCAUGGCGAGACACUCUUUGAUCUAGGACUUGAGGACAGCGGUGAAUCAAUGGGAUUCACGAAAGAGCAGUGGGAUCUUGCUAUAAAACGCAUCAUUGAAGCGGCCAGCAUGCUCAACGCCGCAGUCAACGUCCUUCUGACAUACAAUGUUGGCGGCGACAAGGAGGCUCAGCCAAGCACGACCAAAGACAACUCGAGCCACGGCAAGCUCCUCAUUCGACAGACGCCAGCAACGGCUGAGGAGGUCAUCGAGACACGAAUAGCGGUGGUAGGCAAUGUCGACGCAGGCAAGUCUACCAUGUUAGGUGUCCUGGUCAAGGGAAACCUGGAUGACGGCCGUGGCAAAGCUCGCGUCAACCUAUUUCGCCACAAGCAUGAGAUUGAAUCCGGCAGGACUUCGUCUGUGGGGAUGGAGAUCAUGGGCUUUGACACCCAUGGUGCAGUUGUCACAUCGAGCGUGCCAGGUCGCAAACUCACUUGGGCGGAAAUUGGAACUCGAUCAGCAAAGGUCAUCUCGUUCACCGACCUAGCUGGGCACGAGCGAUAUCUUCGGACUACCGUUUUUGGCCUUCUCUCUUCCGCUCCCAACUACUGCCUGCUCAUGGUGGCAGCUAACAACGGACUGAUCGGUAUGUCGAAGGAGCACCUCGGCUUAGCAUUGGCUUUGAACGUCCCUGUCAUGGUUGUCAUCACCAAGAUCGACAUCUGCCCUCCCCAGAUCCUCGAACAGACGGUCACCCAACUAACGAGGAUACUUAAAUCUCCCGGGGCGCGCAAAAUUCCAGUCUUCAUCAAGACGUACGAAGAGACCGUUUUGACAGCCACACAGUUUGUAUCCCAGCGAAUCUGCCCGAUAUUUCAAGUAUCCAAUGUCACCGGGGAGUGCCUGGACCUUGUUCGAACUUUUCUCAAUAUCCUUCCUCAUCAUGGUCACUAUGAUAACCAGGCCCCUUUCGAAUUUCAUAUCAACGACACGUUCUCUGUCCCCUUUGUCGGCACAGUGGUUUCGGGAGUCGUGAAGUCUGGAGUCAUCCACGCAGGAGACACUGUCCUCGUCGGACCAGACUCACUCGGUCAAUUCCAAACCACGAACAUUCGAUCCAUCGAGCGGAAAAGAAUACAAGUACCAGCAUGUAGCGCUGGCCAAUCCGCCUCCCUUGCUCUGAGAAGAAUACGAAGGAAAGAAGUGCGCAAAGGCAUGGUCGUGCUCCCAAAGAUCGAUGGCCUUCCCCCAAAGGUUUACAGAGAAUUUGUUGCGGAGGUUUUGAUUCUAUCCCACCCUACAACCAUACGACCAAAAUACCAAGCAAUGCUCCAUGUAGGUCCCAUAAGUCAGACCUGCGCCAUUAUUGAGAUUGACCGCGAGUACAUUCGAACUGGAGAUCGGGCCACAGUGGCCUUUCGAUUUGUGCAGAGGCCCGAGUUCCUUGCGGUUGGGGAUAAAAUAUUAUUCCGCGAGGGGAAAACUAAAGGCUUAGGGAUUGUCAAGUCUUUGGAAUAUGAGGAAGGGUCCUUGAGCAAGCAAGUGCAACAGAGCGUACAGGGAACGGGAUCAAAGGACAAGCAGGAGGCCGAGGAGAAAGAGAGCAUUACCUCGAAGAUUUCUGCAACAGCAAUAACGGGCUCAGCGCUGAAUGAAAGACGACCUAGGUAA